AUGCAGAACUUGACCCCAGAACCACCUGCGCCAAUGCCUCGCCAACCACCACAACCCCUCGCCCGCGUCCUCGCCGCAGAUGAAGUCGUUCCCACGGUCCAGCGCGUCCUCGCAAUCCAACGCGCCGCCCGCGAAAACGCAGUCGCGUCCAUCACGCCGUCCGAGGCAACCUUCGCUAACACCAUCGGUCCCUUCCUGCGUGCCGACGACGAGACGCAGGGCGAGACGGGCUCCUUCAGCGUGCUCCGCUUCUCUGGCCCGGACACGGCUACCGCCGAGGCCAUAGAGGAAGGUAUGAGGCUCUGGUCUGCGUCUACGGCGGAGAGGUUGCGGAUGAAGGGAGUCUAUGAGCUUGUCAAUGCCGUCAAGGAGAGGGACGAGGAAGGGCUCGGGGAUGAGGAGAAGAGGAUCGUGAGGGACUUAUGGCUGGAUUAUCGCGGAGCUGGGCAUGGAGUCUUGGAUGAGGAGGGAGUUCGGGUGUAUUUGGAGCGGAGGGAGAGGAUUGAGGAGUUGAAGAGGGCGUUUAGGAAGAAUCUGUACAAGGGGGGCGGAGGCCUCUGGUUCACGGAGGCGGAGCUGGAGGGUAUACCCAGAGAAGAGAUGGAGAGAUGGAAGUUUGGGCGGGAAGACGUGCUGGAGGAAAGGGGCAAGAGGUUUGUCACGCUGGAGAGGGCGGAUUACGAUGCUGUGCUGCGGUAUGCGCGUGAUUCGGAGACGAGGAGGCGGGUGUAUGUUGCGUUUGACAAUCGGUUCCCUGAGAACGUGCCGCUGUACAAGGAGAUGCUUGUCCUACGAGACGAGAAUGCGAGGAUGUUGGGGUAUGGGAACCACGCGGAGUUCCGGAUCGAGAGGAGGGUUGCGCCGUCGACUGGGUGGGUUGAGGAGUUCUUGGGACGGCUGAGAAAGGGAUUGGAGCCUCGGGGAAGGGAAGAGAUGGCGAGAAUUGUGGACAGGAAGAGGAAUGAGUUGGGGAUUGUUCGUGAAGAGAAGGAUAAAGAGGAGGGGGGGAUUCUGCCAUGGGAUUUUGAGUACUAUACGAGACUUCUUGAGGAAGAGGCGGACGUUGACCAGGAGAAGAUGUCCGAGUAUUUCCCCCUGAAUCAUACGUUAUUGGCCAUGCUGAGUUUGUUCUCCGAGUUUCUGGGUUUUGAGUUCGAACCCGUACCGAAGAGCGAUUUAGUUGGAAAGAUCUGGGACAAGGGGGUACAGGUUUGGGCAGUCUGGGAGGGAAGAGGGGAGAGAAAGGGAGAGUUUGUGGGAUACCUGUACGCCGACGUUCUGUGGAGAGAAGGGAAAUACCGGACGGCGUGCAAUGUCAACCUGCAAUGCGGUUACUUGAAGGAGGAUGGCACCAGAGUCUACCCUGCCACGGUGCUCAUGUGUGCCUUUCAGCCCCCUACAGCCGCGUCUUGUGCGCUGUUAAAGCAUCGCGAGGUCGUGACAUUGUUCCACGAGCUGGGCCACGGGCUUCACGAUCUUGUAUCCCGCACAAAGCAUACCCGCUUCCACGGAACGCGUGUGGCGCCCGACUUUGGCGAGGCGCCGAGCACGAUGUUGGAAAAGUGGUGCUGGAUGCCGGAAGAGCUCGUCAAGAUGGGCCGGCACUACACGCGCGUCGAUCCGGCGUACAUGGCGAAGUGGAAGGAAUACCAUGGGGAUGGUGAAGAGCCCCCGCAGGAAAAGAUGCCAAAGGAGUUGGCCGAAAACUUGGUACAGAGUCGAGAGCUGAACCGGGGUCUAUGGUUCCUAAGGCAGCUAGUAUUUGCCACGUUUGAUAUGAUGGUGAACAAUCAAGAGUCAACCGAGGCUCUGAGAGAGCUGGACGAAGUGAAGCUCUACAACGACCUUCAGGAUUCCAUGACACUCUGCCCGAAUCCUGAUAAGAGAGGGUACGGACUGGUUCACUCCACGCAUCUCAUCGAGCUCUACGACGCGGGCUACUACGCCUACAUGAGCGCCCAAGCAUUCGCGGCCUCCUUCUUCGAGUCGUGCUUCGCCAAGGACCCCCGCAGUCCUGAAGUCUGGGACCGGUACCGAAGAGGAAUCCUCGAGUACGGCGGCAGCAGAGACGAAAUGGUGACGAUGAAAGAGUUUCUGGGUAGGGAGCCCGGGCCGGAUGCGUUGUUGAGAAGUCUCGGGUUAUUGGAGGGUGAUAGGAGUGAUGUUGGACCAACGGCGGCAUCGACUUGA